AUGUCUGUCUCUGUUGAAAACACUGAAUUGACCAAUUCUACACCUGCUACUAAUACUGCCCCAGCUGCUCCCGCCACCCCAAUCUCUGGUCCAGUGGCUCCUGCUCCAGCUAAAGAAGAACAAACUUUUAGUUUAGCUCCAGCUCCUUUACCAGCUAACUCUCCAUGGAAACCUAUCUCUAAUGAUAUCCCAGUUACAAACAUUAAUGUAGAUGAUCUGGAAUCAAACAGAAAAAAGACUAGAACUCCUGUUUCAUCUACUUCUACUAAAUGGGUUCCAAUAAAGGCUUCUAUUACCGUCUCUUCCGGAAACAGAAAGAAUGCUAAUAAUAAGAAAAAGUCAUCUCAUAACAAUAAUAGUAAUACACAAAAGAGCAAUACCAGCGGUAGUGCUUCUAGCAAUUCAUCCAGAAAGAAGAAAAGUCAUCAUUCUCAUGGUCAUCCUCACUCUUUUGAAAAAUCCAAUAACAAUUCUACUGAAACUACAUCUAAUGGUGAUUCUUCUGCUGUUGUUUCUGAAGAUAAGUCAUCCGAAACUACUUUCGACGCCACUCAAGCCCUACAAUCAGAUGAACAAAAGAAACAACAAAAUCACAGACAUCAAUCUCAAAGAAGAAGACAUUACAGCAAUACUAACAACAAGAAUGGACAAGGUAACACCAACGGUCAACGUAACACAUUCAAUCGUAACAAUGGACAAGGAAAUAACAAAUACCACCGUCAUCACCAACACAAUGGUCACCACGGUCACUAUAGCCAAAGUCAUCAUCACCAACAGCAACAACAGAUGGUUCAAUUACAAUCUAACUUUUAUGCUGUUCAACCUGUUAUGAUGGCUGUUAACAACAUUGCCAGACAAUUGGAAUAUUAUUUAAGUAACGACAACUUAAUAAAUGACACUUAUUUGAGGUCUAAAUUUUCCAAGGAUGGUUAUGUUCCAUUGACCUUGUUGGCCCAAUUUUAUAGAGUUGUUAACAUGUCAUUUGGUGGUGAUGUCAAUAUCAUCUUAUCUGCUAUUAGAGAAAUUGUCUUCAACGAGACCGCUACCGUCGACAUUGCAAAGGGUAAACUGUUGGUUGGUGGACAAGAAGAUCCAAAAGAAGGUGAAAGUGAAGUUGCUCAUCCAAUUGAACCUUCUCAAUUAGACUACUACUUUAUCCGUGCUCAUGAUUGGGAAAAAUGGAUUCCAGCUGAAUUCGGUAGUGAAAUUGAAAUCGAAAAAGUUUUAACUGGUAACGACAUGGAUGAGUUCAUGAUGAAAAUCAUCCAAGUUCCAACCCAAUCAGCAGUUGUUCCACCAGUUUCCAACGAAUCUUCAAUUAAUGAAGAAUCAACUGAAACUACCGAAGAAAACGCUGCUGAAGCAAUUACUGAAGAGAAGGCUGAUGGUAACGUUGAAGAGAAAUCUGCUUAA